AUGCCUCAAGCCUUCCCUAUAUUUCCUCUCCUCAGCUACGACUCCCGCAAGAACAGCAUGACGGAGGCGAGGAACUGGGCAGACAAGAAGACACUCGGAGGCCGGGGACACUUCGACCUGCAGUCAUCACCGGCGUCUCUAGUGCUGGACAGUGUGAGGGCUGGCGACGAAGGCCUAUAUCGCUGCCGGGUCGACUUCAAGAAAAGUCCCACCAGGAAUGCCAGAACUAACCUCACUGUUAUAAUUCCGCCUCACGCACCCACGAUCCUAACGAAGGAGGAAGGCCAGCCGGUGUGGACCAUGGUGGGCCCUUACAACGAGGGGGAGUCGCUCACCCUCACCUGUCAGGUCGAUGGAGGUAAACCAACUCCCCGUGUGGUGUGGCUGAUGAACGGGGAGGUGGUGGAUGAGAAGAGCGAGACUCAGGGCCCUCAGAGAGUCACUAACACCCUCACCUUGGAGAAACUCACCCGUAGUCACCUCCACGCGGCCCUCGUGUGUCAAGCUUCCAACAAUAAUCACAGCACACCCGUCCAGACCAUUAUCAACAUUGAGAUGAAUUUCAAGCCGCUGUCGGUGAAGAUGAUGGGCUCCCACGAACCCCUGUCAGCCGGGAAGGAAUACGAACUGGUGUGUCAGAGUGUUGGAGCGAGACCGCCUGCCUCUAUCACCUGGUGGCUAGACGGUGUUCAGCUUACCAAUGCCUCCACCUCCACUGCGAGCUCCGGUAACCUAACACUGAGUAAACUAUUGCUGGUGCCUAAUGACUCUGAUGGUGGAAAGUUCCUCAAGUGCUUGUCAGAGUCUCCAUCCAUCGACCACCGACCUCUUCAAGACCAGUGGAAGCUUGAUGUUCACUACACUCCGCAGGUAUAUUUAGCCAUGGGCAGUAGG